CAUCUGAUUGUUCAACAUUUCUGAUUCUUGCACUCUCAUUUUGCAUACUGAUCAACAAAAUGGAGGCUACUCACAAAUUCGUGUGCCAAGACGAUUUGGUCAACCCACUUUCCUCCAUGGGAAUGCAAGUAGCUUGCAUCCUUGUCAUCUCACACUUCUUUCACAUUUUGCUCAAGGCCUUAGGUCAACCAGGCCCCAUUGCCCAGAUUCUUGCUGGUAUGGUGUUGGGUCCCUCAGGGUUGUCUAAUAUUACCGAAAUAAAAGAAUUCUUCUUCCAAGCUUCUGCUGCAGAAUACUAUGAGAUGUUCGGGUUCUUCUGCCGGAUUCUCUUUAUGUUCCUCUUCGGUUUGGAGAUGGACUUUGCCUAUGUACGCCGCAACCUGCGCGUAGUGUGCAUCGUAGCCUACGGUGGUGCCUUCGCAGCCAGCCUUUUCGGCCUUACCGCCUCCUUCUUUAUCUACAAACACUUACUGGCUGAGAAUGCCAAGCUGAAUGCUAGCUUCGUCUUCUGCACCAUGCUAUUUGUCUCCUACACCUCCUCACCAGUCGUCAAUCGCUUAGCAGCAGAGUUAAGGUUUGCAACAUCAGACAUUGGCCGCUUGGCAACAUCUUCUGCCAUGGUCAUUGAGCUCACUUGCUUGCUUGUUUUCAAUCUGAUCAUUGCCUUCACAAGACUAACUGCCUUGAGGGACGGCUUCUUCAUCCUCCUCGGCUUGGUUCCGAUACUUUUUGCGUUCAAGUACUUGGCAGUGUGGUUGAACAAACGAAACAGAAAGCAGAAGUACCUUAGAAACCCAGAAGUGCUUCUCAUUUUGUCGAUUCUAAUCGUGGGUUCGAUGCUCAUUGAAAUGGCCAUGUUUAAUAGUGUGAUAGCUUGUUUUGUUGCUGGCCUGGCUUUCCCCAAGGAAGGCAAGACGGCAAGAACUUUGUUGCACAAGCUUACUUACUCUGUCCACAACUUUGUGCUGCCUGUUUACUUUGGCUAUAUUGGGUUCCAAUUUGAUGCGAGCCAUUUGAAGAGCUUGACCAACAUAUUGAUUAUUGUCAUACUUGUGUUGUUGAGCCUUGGCAGCAAGAUUAGUGGCACUCUUGCGGUUUGCCACUUUUUGAAGAUCCCUUUAAACGAAGGGGUUUUUCUUGGCUUUGUGUUGAACUUGAAGGGACAUGCCGAUCUCUUGUUCGUUGGCAGCGCCUCAAAGGCUCUAAUUACUUGGAACCCAGCGGCUUACAAUCUGUUACUAAUGACAAUUGUGAUUAACACUGUAAUAUCAGGGCCAGUUGUGGCUUUGUUAAUGAGAAGAGAAGAAAAACUCUUCACUCACACACACACCUCCCUCGGCUUUGAGCCCGAAAAUCCCGACCAAAACGAGCUCCGCCUCCUAGCCUGCGUCUACGGUCCCCGCCACAUCUCUGCCAUCCUCUCCGUCAUCGCCACCAUCCGCGGCACCCAAACAGCAUCCAUCAUGCCCUACAUGGCUCACCUUAUCGAGCUCAACCAAAAACGACGCACCAACGUGUCGUAUCACGAGCUCGAAGCCGAGGAAAUGAGCGACGAGGAAGACUACGGCGGCAACGACGUCCUCGAAAUCCAUGCAGCCGUCGACGCCUUCACUGCCGAGACCCAGAUCCUCAUCAACCUCAACAAGGCCGUGUCCACGUUGUCGAAUUUACAUGAGGAGGUGUGUAACGCAGCCGAGGACUUGCGUGCGACGAUUAUUUUGCUGCCAUUUCACAAGCACCAAAGGAUCGACGGCAAAAUGGAGUCCGGGAAGGACGCUAUACGGACCACGAAUCAAAAGAUUCUUCGUCACGCCCCGAGCUCUGUCGGGAUGAUCGUCGAGAAAGGGCUGGCCGGGGCGUUAGGGUUUUCGCAGUUGUUUACCGUGGACAUUAUGCAACAUGUUGCGACGCUAUUUUUCGGGGGGCCCGAUGACCGCGAGGCCAUUGCUUGGAGUACAAGGAUCGCAAACCAUCCAAGGGUUAACUUGACGGUGGUUAGGUUUUUGCCGACGGAGUCAUCCAACACUCGGAAUAUGAAGGUGGAGAAUGAAAUGGGAGGCAAUAGUGAUAUUGAGGUUUACAUGGCCUUGUCGAGUUUAGAAACGGGCAAUGACAUUGACAAUGCCUUUCUCAAUGACUUCUAUAACGGGUAUGUAGCGUCUGGUAAAGUUGGGUACGUAGAGAAGCAGGUGAAUAAUGGAGCAGAAACAGUGGCAGCCCUAAGAGACAUUGGAGACUUGUACUCUCUGUUUAUAGUAGGGAAGGGUGGCCGAGGACACUCACCAUUGACAACCGAGCUCAGUGAUUGGGAGGAGUGCCCUGAACUUGGAACAGUAGGAGAUCUCUUGGCUUCUUCAGACUUCAACAUCAAUGGCUCAAUCUUGGUCGUCCAACAACAUAGAAAUUCCAAGAAAGAACUUGUAGAUGAUUAGCUAUAUAUUGUGAAUUUAUAAUUAUUUCAUAAUGUAAUUUAUGUUGAAUUAUAAGUGCUCAAGCUGAUUUCAUAAAUUAGAUAUGUUUAGUUUUCUUA